GUCCUCGCCAAGAAAGGUCGUGAUGGAGCGCAUUCCCGGAAUAACGGUCUGGGCUAUGACCCAGUCGCGGCCGCCGGUGCCAUUCCCUGAUACUAUCUGGGACGACGUUGGGAGAGCCCUCAACGCUCUGCAUGCCGAGGACUGGGUGUUCGGCGAUCUGCGGAUACCGAAUGUUAUGUGUGUCCCGACAGAGUCGGGAAUGCACGCGAAGCUUGUCGACUUUGACUGGGCCGGGAAACAUGGCAUAGAUAGGUAUCCGGCGACGAUGAACGUGGGAUCGAUGGACUGGACGCCUGGGAUGGACCGGUAUGAGAUCAUGAAGAAGCAUCAUGACUUGCAAAUGUUGAGGAGGCUUCGGUGGACCUCCGCGUAAACUGUUUCCAGCAGGCGUUUGCAGACGUGCGCUGCGAGAGACGAAACUGCAGAGCCCGACGUAUCAAACCUGCAGUGGUGCACGUACUUGGCCGUUGCAUGCAACGUUGAACGCGAGUCUGCAGUCGGUUGUGCAGACGCCUGCCACCGCCGCCGCCAUUGGCCCACAACCGCUGCGUGCCAUGGACGCGGCCCUCGUCGAGCUCGUAAACAAGCUCUAGAUACUACUGCAAAUAUCAACCUCUCCCGCCCCUCCAUUCUCUGCCUCAUCACACCGUUCUCUCUACAGAUGGGGAGCUCGACAUAUUCGCUGCAAGAUCUUACACCGCACCGGCUUCCGCAUACAGGGCGUCCUGCACCUCUGGUAUUCUCUGCUCUCUAAUCUCGUCUCGCCGCUGACACUGAGUAGCAAUGACGGCAUUCGAGCUUCGGCAACUACUACGUGCACGGGGUCGCGACCAAGGAGACCCACCAUCCUCUCAACCACCC